CGUGAACUCCUUUGUUGCUUUCCAUGCGUCCAACCUACCCCCACCCUCAACGCUCACGGGCGCCUCCACCAUGCUCGAACCAAAUCGCCCAGCUCGCCCACUGUACCACUCACUCACUGUCCAUCUACCUCACUAGAUCUGUCCAUCGCCGUCCGUCGAUCGCCACCUCCAUAUCACUCCACCAUUGCCAUCCCACUGCCACUCCAACGGUCCAGCCCAUCCCAUCCCGGCAGCGUCAGAAAUGGCGGCUCCGACCACCGUGCUCCUCCUCCUGCUGCUGCUCUGCGCCGUCGUCGGGCCGCACUCGGCCUACGCGGACGCGCUGCCGGAGCCGGUGAACGAGGAGGUGCUGGGGCUGGUGGUGUUCCGCUCCGCCCUCACGGACCCCUCCGGCGCCCUCGCCGCGUGGGCCGAGUCCGACGCCACGCCCUGCGGCUGGCCGCACGUGGAGUGCGACCCGGCCACCGCCCGCGUGCUCCGCCUCGCGCUCGACGGCCUCGCCCUCUCCUCCGCCUCCGGCCUGCCCCGCGGCCUCGACCGCCUCCCGCGCCUCCAGUCGCUCUCCCUCGCCCGCAACAACCUCUCCGGCGCCCUCCGCCCCGGCCUCUCCCUCCUGCCCUCCCUCCGCCUCCUCGACCUCUCCCGCAACGCCCUCCACGGCCCGCUCCCCGACGACCUCCCCCUCCUCGCCUCCCUCCGCUACCUCGACCUCUCCGGGAACGCACUCUCCGGCCCGCUCCCGAGCUCCUUCCCGCCCGCGCUCCGCUUCCUCGUGCUCUCCGGUAACCGCCUCUCCGGCGACGUGCCCGCCGGGCUCGCCGGGAGUCCGUUGUUGCUCCACCUCAACCUCUCCGGGAACGAGCUCUCCGGCGCCCCCGACUUCGCCAACGCGCUCUGGCCGCUCUCACGCCUGCGCGCGCUCGACCUGUCGCGCAACCGCCUCUCCGGCCCUGUGCCGGCCGGCGUCGGCGCGCUGCACAACCUCAAGACCCUCGACCUCAGCGGCAACCGCUUCUCCGGCGCCGUCCCCGAGGACAUCGGCCUCUGCCCGCACCUCGGCGCCGUCGACUUCAGCGACAACGCGUUCGACGGCGAGCUCCCGGGCUCCAUGGCGCGCCUCGCCUCGCUCGUGCGCCUCUCCGCGUCCUCCAACCGGCUCUCCGGCGAAGUGCCCGCGUGGCUCGGCGGCCUGGCCGCGCUGCAGCACCUCGAUUUAUCGGACAACGCGCUCACCGGCGACCUGCCGGACUCGCUCGGCGACCUCAAGGACCUCAGCUACCUCAGCCUCUCCAAGAACCGGCUCGCCGGCUCCGUCCCGGAGGCAAUGUCCGGCUGCACCAGGCUCGCCGAGCUGCACCUCAGGGGCAACCAGCUCAGCGGCAGCAUCCCCGACGCCAUGUUCGACGUCGGGCUCGAGACGCUGGACAUGUCGUCCAACGCGCUCACCGGCGUGCUGCCGUCGGGGUCGACCAGGCUGGCCGAGACGCUGCAGUGGCUCGACCUCUCCGGCAACCAGCUCACCGGCGGCAUCCCCGCCGAGAUGGCGCUCUUCUUCAACCUGCGGUACCUCAACCUCUCCCGCAACGACCUCCGCACGCAGCUGCCGCCCGAGCUCGGCCUGCUCCGCAACCUGACGGUGCUCGACCUCCGCAGCAGCGGGCUGUAUGGGCCCGUGCCCGGCGACCUCUGCGAGUCCGGCAGCCUCGCCGUGCUCCAGCUCGACGGCAACUCCCUCGCUGGCCCCAUCCCCGACAACAUCGGGAAAUGCUCCUCCCUCUACCUACUGAGCAUGGGGCACAACAGUCUGACGGGACCGAUACCGGCGGGCAUGGGGGAGCUGAAGAAGCUGGAGAUUCUACGGCUGGAGGAUAACAACCUCACCGGCGAGAUACCGCAGCAGCUGGGCGGGCUGGAGAGCCUCCUGGCGGUGAACAUCUCGCACAACCGGCUCGUCGGGCGGCUGCCGGCGUCGGGCGUGUUCCAGAGCCUGGACGCGAGCGCGCUGGAGGGCAACCUCGGCGUGUGCAGCCCGCUGGUCACCGAGCCGUGCGUGAUGAACGUGCCCAAGCCUCUCGUGCUCGACCCCAACGAGUACACGCACGGCAGCAACAACAACGACAGUGACCUCACCGCGAACGGCGACGGCAGCGACGGGGAGGCGGUGCCGAGGAAACGGCGGUUCCUGAGCGUGUCCGCCAUGGUGGCCAUCUGCGCGGCGCUGUCCAUCGUUCUCGGAGUCGUGGUGAUCGCCCUGCUCAACGUGUCGGCGCGGCGGCGGAGGGGUGUCGGAGGCGGCUCCGCCGAUGGGCUGUUCCAGGGGAAGGAGCUGGAGCUGGAGAGCAGCGUGGUGUCCGGCAGUUCGACCAAGUCGAGCAAGCUCGCCGCCACGGGGAAGAUGGUGACGUUCGGGCCGGGGAGCAGCCUGCGCACGGAGGACUUCGUGGGCGGCGCGGACGCGCUGCUGAGCAAGGCGACGGAGAUCGGGCGCGGCGGCGCGUUCGGGACGACGUACCGGGCGUCGGUGGGCGAGGGCCGCGUGGUCGCCGUGAAGAAGCUGUCGACGGCGAGCGUGGUGGAGUCCCGCGACGAGUUCGACCGCGAGGCACGCGUGCUGGGCAAGGCGCGGCACCCGAACCUGAUGCCGCUCAAGGGGUACUACUGGACGCCGCAGCUGCAGCUCCUGGUCACCGACUACGCACCGCACGGCAGCCUGGAGGCGCGGCUCCACGGCAAGGACGGCGGCGCGGCGUUCCCGGCGCUGACGUGGGCGGAGCGGUUCAGGGUGGUGGCCGGCACGGCGAGGGGCCUGGCCUACCUGCACCAGUCGUUCCGGCCGCCGGUGAUCCACUACAACCUGAAGCCGAGCAACAUCCUGCUGGACUCGCGGUGCAACCCGCUGAUCGCCGACUUCGGGCUGGCGCGGCUGCUCCGGAAGCCGAAGCAGCAGCAGCAGCAGCCGGACGGCAACGGCGACGUGGGCGCGAUGGGCAGCUGCCGGUUCAUGCAGAGCGCGGCCAUGGGGUACGCGGCGCCGGAGCUGGCGUGCAGCAGCCUGCGGGUGAACGAGAAGUGCGACGUGUACGGGUUCGGCGUGCUGGUGCUGGAGCUGGUGACGGGGCGGCGCGCGGUGGAGUACGGGGAGGACGACGUGGCCGUGCUGACAGACCAGGUGCGUGUGGCGCUGGAGCAGGGGGGCGGUGGGGACGACGACGCCGCGGCGGAGAGACUGGUGGACCCGGCGCUGCGCGGCGAGUUCCCGGAGGAGGAGGCGCUGCCGGUGCUGAAGCUGGGCGUGGUGUGCACGUCGCAGAUCCCGUCCAACCGGCCGUCCAUGGCCGAGGUGGUCCAGAUCCUGCAGGUCAUCCGGGCCCCCUCGCUGCCCGGCUGCACGGCGCAACUUUUCUGACACGUUAAAGUACGACGACCAGAGCAGAGCUAGACGAGAUCCAUUGAUUGGCAUGCAGCUGGACGUACUACGUACCAUGGCCAUGCAUGCAUAGCAUGGAUCCGCGAGUAGUACGUACGUGCCGACGUGCAUAUAUUGAUGCUCUCCACUGUGUGUGUUCGUGUCACGUGUUUGCUAGUGAAAAUUAAUCAGUUACUAUUAA